AUGGCGGAGUUGACUCGCCAGAACCAAGAAUUACGAAUGGAGAUUAAUAUGAGGAGGCAAACACAUGAAGAACGUGAAGGUGGACAAACAGAGAGUCAUGGCGGAAGAGAGAAUACUGAAAUUGGAAGCCAGUUUAGAGGCACCACUUCACGAACGGGAGAGAAUGAGAGCCUUCGGUCAUUUAUCACCCGUUUUAACAGAGAAGCUCUUAGUGUGGACGAAGCAGAUGAUAAGCUUUUACUGGCAGCCUUCCACAACGGGGUGAAUUCGGAUCUGUUUAUACACAAGCUCUAUGAAAAAGAGCCCCAGUCCAUGGCCGAACUCGUCCAUUCGGCUCAGAAUUUUAUGAAUGCAGAAGACGCAAUCAUCGCCAAGAAGAGGAAGAGGUCCGAGAGAAUGGAUGCAAAUCCCAGUCGUCAUCACGAGCAAGGCACUCGUCCAAAGAAGGGACGGACGGAUGAAAGGAGAGAUCGAGAAAGUAAGAAGCCAGGCCUUCCAGUACGGAACCAGCAGUAUACCCCUUUAAACGCCCCACUUGAGCAAGUCCUUAUGCAAAUCAAGGAUGAUCCUUCGCUGAAAUGGCCGGAGAAAUUGAAGGGUGAUCCCAAUAAGCGCAACAGGAACAAGUACUGUCGCUUUCAUAGGGAUCAUGGUCAUAACACGGACGAGUGUUUUGACUUGAAGCAACAAAUUGAAAAUCUCAUAAGGCAAGGGAAGUUGAGGGGCUUCCUUGGACGAGACCAGAGGGACGAGAAACAGAAGGGAAAGAUGGAAGAUUCAUCGCGACCACCACUCGGAGAGAUAAGAGUUAUCAUUGGGGGAAGUUUAACUGGCCGGUCGUCCAAGUCCAAGAAAGCAUACUUGAAGGUAGUACAGAACGUCCAGCUUACCGGACGAUCACCGAGAGCAAUGUCUAUGGACGAGCAGGCAAUCACUUUCACGGACGAGGAUGCUGACAGAAUUCAUCACCCUCAUGAUGAUGCCCUCGUCAUCUCCCUACUAAUUGCAAACUACACAACCAGAAGAGUGCUUGUGGACAACGGAAGCUCAACAGACAUUUUAUACUAUCCAGCUUUUCAGCAGAUGAGACUAGGACGAGACCAGCUCCGUCCAGUGAAUUCCCCCCUAGUAGGUUUUGGUGGGAUGAAGGUGCAACCAGUGGGUACCAUUUCCUUAUCCGUGGUAGUGGGGGCAUAUCCACAACAACUUACCAAGGACGUCAACUUCCUUGUGGUAGAUUGUCCAUCCUCCUACAAUGCCAUCAUUGGAAGACCAACUCUGAAUAGCUGGAAAGCUGUUACCUCCACUUACCAUUUAUCAGUCAAGUUUCCAACAGAAUACGGGGUAGGACAGGUACAAGGUGACCAACUGGCAGCAAAAGAAUGUUACUUGGCCAUGCUGGCCAUGGAUGAACAAGUUCAAGCAAUGAAUAUUGAAGAAAAGAAGGGGAAUUGA